AUGGCGAGCAUACACAAAAUCACCACAAACACAGCUGCAAUCAUCAAAGGUGGAUCUGUUCUGGCAGUGGAUCAGUCUAUAAUAAGGGAGAUAGAUACCAUCGGCAACUAUGGGGCAGUCCGAAACAAGCCAACAAAGAUUAAUGGAAGGACCAGAAAAAUGGUACAUAUCCCUACCAGGAACCUUCAUCCAGACCGUGUCAGAGAGGUAGAGAAAUGCCUGGGACCCACUGAAACUACAGCACCUUCAACUCCUACCGCAUCUGCAACAACAUCUACGAGAACAACUCCUGAAAUCCUGACAACUGCACAUACACCUACCUCUGAACCUCAAGAUUCACCACCUACCACAUCUGCAACAACAUCUACAAGAACAACUGCUGAAGUCAAGACAACCUCACAUACACCUAGAUCUACCUUGAACCUCAAGAUUCACCACCUACCAUCUGCAACAACAUCUACACCAACAACUCCUGAAAUCAAGACAACCUCACAUACACUAGAUCUACAUCUGAAACUCAGAAGCACCUGUAUCCACUUCACUGACUGA